GUUGUCUGAGCAUUUUUGGAUAUUGCCUGUCCGUCAUACUGAAGAGCAAAACGGCACGCAUAUCGUUUCAGGAAGCAAAGUGGAAAUCAGAGAUGGCCACUCUCCUCACGCAAUGUUUCACCGGACUGUUACUGUACGAGGCCAGCCUGAAGUUUGAAGAUGUGGAGAUACUCUAUCAAAUCUCAACAACCGUAAAUGACUACCACAUGACGUACGUGAGCAACGAACUAACAACCAAUCAGCUCGAAGGAGACAACACACCAAGUAGUCAGAUCAUACCAUCCUGUAAGAAAAAAGGCUGGUGGAUUGCACUCAAAAUGGCGGGGAAGUCCACGACGGUGUAUGCUCUCAUGCUCCUCAUUAACCUCAUCUACUUAUGGCUAUUUAAGACAUAUCGCUUGAACAUCAUGCUUUUGCUCGCGUUUUACUUCACCAACACACUCGGGCUAAUCUGUCGGCUAUUCGUGACGUUCUACGGUACCAAGAUAUUAAAGAAACGGAACCGGGAUCUAGCCAGCUGGAGCCCAUACCUCAAUGUGCUUGGCGACGUUAUCAAUAUGAUCGGAUUGAGAGUCCUGCUGUUCCUGUACCCGUUGGCUGAGAUCUCUUUGUUUGAGCCAGUUUGA